UUCUGUAGGAGACCGCUCUGAGUUGUAGAGACAGACGGACGGACACAGACACGGCCGUUGGACCGUACUGACUGCUACAUUUCAGUAUUGUCUCUGACCGUAACAACAAGAAGAUGCCACUGGGUCACGAUUGCCAUGCCUGGAAAAAGAAGACCACAGAUGUGAAGGAUCAGUAUGACUUCAAAGAGAUCUUGGGAACGGGAGCUUUCUCUGAGGUGGUCCUGGCUGAGGAGAAGGGUACCCAGAAAUUGGUGGCUAUCAAGUGUAUCCCCAAGAAGGCUUUAGAGGGCAAGGAAAACAGCAUUGAGAAUGAGAUAGCAGUCCUGCACAAGAUCAAACACGCCAACAUUGUAUCUCUGGAAGAGAUAUUUGAAAGUAAAUCACACCUCUACCUUAUCAUGCAACUGGUAUCUGGCGGGGAACUCUUUGAUCGUAUCAUAGAGAAGGGCUUCUACACGGAGAAAGAUGCCAGUAAGCUCAUUCAGCAGAUUCUUGAUGCCGUCAAAUACCUCCACGACAUGGGCAUUGUGCACCGUGACCUCAAGCCAGAGAAUCUGCUGUACUACAGCAUGGAUGAAGACUCCAAGAUCAUGAUCAGUGACUUUGGUCUGUCUAAGAUUGAGGGCUCUGGCAGUGUGAUGUCGACAGCGUGUGGAACACCUGGAUAUGUUGCCCCUGAAGUGUUGGCUCAGAAACCCUACAGUAAAGCAGUGGAUUGCUGGUCUAUUGGUGUCAUAGCCUAUAUUCUGUUGUGUGGUUACCCUCCGUUCUACCACGAGAAUGAUUCCAAACUAUUCGAACAGAUCCUGAAGGCAGAAUACGAGUUUGAUUCUCCUUACUGGGAUGAUAUCUCUGAUUCAGCUAAAGACUUUAUAGUCCACCUGAUGGAGAAAGAUCCCAACACACGUUACACCUGUGAUCAGGCUCUGCAGCACCCCUGGAUUGCUGGGGAUACUGCUCUGGAUAAGAACAUCCACGAGUCUGUCAGUGCUCAGAUCAAGAAGAAUUUUGCUAAGAGCAAGUGGAAGCAAGCAUUCAACGCCACAGCAGUGGUCCGUCACAUGAGGCGUCUCCAGCUGGGCACCAGCCACGAGGGACCCAACCCCCCCCUGGCCAGUCCGUGCCAAACUCAUCUGCUUGAGGAAGGAGCAGAUGCUUGUUGCGAGGGAGGAUGCUCCCAGAACCUCGACAGCGGAGCUGACCCCCUGUCCAACUGCACCUACCGCUGCCACCCAACCAGCAGGGUGUGAUCCCUGCACCUGCUCCACUUACUUGCCUAAUCAAUCCCAGUGACUUUCCAAAUUUUACCCCCUCGGUGGAACGGGAGGUACCAUCUCCCCCCUUAUCUGGUUAGGAAUACAGCGUCAUUCCAACCUCUCGCCUGCAGGGGGAGCAAGUCUGUCCAGGCUGAGACGGAAGACCUAAAAUGGGAUGAAAGGAGGAGUAGUGAGACUUGAUGAUGAUGAUGAUGAUGCACCGGAGGAUUACUUUUACAGACUGGGGUGGUAGUUUGGGAUGAGUUAAAAUGGGGAGAGGAUACAAAGGAAGGAGGGGAAGAUCACCCCCUCCACCAGCAUGUCAGGGGGGGGUGUUUUUUGCUGAAGCAGGACAGAGCUCAUUGAACACUGUUUUUACUCAUUUUUGGUUCAGCCUGUCUCUUUGUUUUUUUGUUUAUUGUUUUAUACAUAUAUAUAUAAAUAUAUAUUUGUGUUGUCUUUUUAACCUCCUACUGUGGAGUGUAAAUCCAGAGACAAUAUCUGCAUGAUGAGGACAGCGUUUCCCCAUGCAUGUUUUGUUAUCUUAAGAGAUAUACCCUGUUGCAGAAAUGCAGUAUCACAGUACAAUGCAAAUGAUGGAGUGUUGCGUGCAAAGUUGCUAAGGCAUAGAGCAUUUUGAUGCGUUGCAGUAUUUGAAAUGAAAUUCAGUCAAAUCUUGUCAUUUUUUCAGAUCUGCAUUCUGUGUCUUUAAGUCAUGCUUUCAGACAAUCAGUAAGAAUAGUUUAUGCAAUGAAAACUCCAUAUAUGGACUAUUUAGCCUUCCUUGUGGUGAUAUAGUGUUUCCAUGCAGCGGUUUGGCUUCUCCCUCUCUCUUUUUUUUUUCAACCCCAACCUCUUCAACCACUUGAGCACAGGGAUAUAUCUUGUCUAAGGUGCCUUUAGGAUAUACAGUAUGAUGAGUUUAUUUUCAGAUAGCUUCUGAAAUGUUUUGUCAAAGCAUAGACUCUUUCAGUCACUCCAUAUUUUGUAUGUAUCACAUUUUAAACUUUAAAAUGCAGUCAUCAUUACAAUAUGAAACAAUAAUAUUGUUAAAGCCUUUCUGGAGAGCUUAAUCAGGAUUAUUUUCAAAAAGAAUCCUUCAAACACAUGUUUUUUCAGAAUUAUUAUCAGUAUAUUGCCAGCUCUCUCAAAUACAUCAACACAUAUAAAGGAACUGUGUUGAUGUAUUUCAACACAAAUCCUAUAGUACAUUUUAUGAAAAAAAACGGCAUUUGCAAACCAGGAAAAGCAUUGAUCAUUGUGCUUAGCCAUACUCGAGACUAGGCUGAUUUAGUAGGAUUAAGUAUGUUGUGUGAAUGCAAAAAAAAAAAAGACUGCAACCAAAAUAUGAUAUGCAUCUGUCACCAUGUACUGUAAUUGUACCCUCAUUCCAAUCCUUUUCUUUUUACAUUAUUUUACAGACUUUAGUCCUCAACAUGCAGCCUGUUUAGAAAGGAAACCUGGAUUAAAAAGUGUGAAUACGCAUCA